AUGGCAGAAAAUACUACUGCUCAGCCAUCGACAUCACUUUCUUUCUUCAGCGAUAGUUUUAUCAUAAAACGUGGCAAAAAACCGCUUCAUUCAAUGGAAUUUAUUUUGGAUUUAGAAGAUGAAAAUAGCCGUUUGCAACUUGAGAGAGACAUCAAGUUUCUUGGUGGGAAAGUUUUGGAAUCGCUUGACGAUGAUGGUGAAAAGCCUUUUUGUGUUGUUACCGACCAUCCACAUGCACGGUACUUGGAAAGGGUAACAAAAACGAAAAGAAUUACAUCCGAGUACUGCAGUUGUUUGCCAGUAUUGCUCCGAGUUGCCGUACAAAACGGUGUGCGUGUUCGAACAUAUACUUCUUUCCUUCAAAUCUUAUCAAAUGUGAAAAACCGCAUUAAGUUGAAUCAGAAAGCGAAAUUAGCUCCUAUAAAACCAAAACUGGAAAAACAGAAAAGCAUACGCAAGUUAACACCACCAUUCAUCAAAUUUGAAGAUAACAGUCUCCAGUAUGCGCCUUCUUGGAAGGAAUAUGGAAUACCUUCUAAUUUUCGGCCAAUUUAUGUUGGUGAAGCAGCCGGAAGAUCGAUAUUUCAUAAAGCUUCUCCAGAAUAUUUAAAGCGGAAGAAGGAUAUGAAGAUUUCGAAGCCUCGAGCAAAAAGUCGAGUUGGGCCUGGAUUCUGCGAUAUUUGCACACGUGAUUGCCAAGAUUUGCAGCUGCAUUUUUUAUGCAAAGAGCAUCAAACACGUAUCAGUACGCCUGGUUUUUACGAUGAGGUUGAUGCAUUGUGCGGUUCAUUUGUAAAAGAAAUCGUCGUACCGAAUAAAAGACUUCGAGAACGAUUGACACCGGAACCGCUUUCACUGCCAUCCAAUCACUUUCUUGACUCUACACUUUCUUUUCGGACACCUGAUAGUAGAACUGAAAUUUAA